AUGAGGCGUCCGGGUGGACUGGCUUCUAAGCCAUUCAUCCUAUUCGUGCUGUUUUUUUUUCUGCUGCUUUUAACCAGUCAAGUGGCAGCCCAACAGACCACAAACGAACCAUCUGAUGAUUCAAGGCCUGAUAAUACAAGAACAGAGAAUCCCAACCCGGAUAAUACAGGCGCGAAUAGUCCAAGGCCUGAAGGGACAACAAAUGCUCCAAAUUCAAAUCCCACCCCGGUUUCUACAACAGAAGGCAGCACAGGACCCAGCACAGGACCCAGCACAGAAGCCAGCACAGAAGUCAACACGCCACCACAGACUGAGACCCCCAAGGACACAGAAGCAGUUGUCCUUCCAACCAUUUCAUCAGAGGCUAGUAGUACUACGAGCAGCUCCAAUCCCACAGAAACAAACACCUCUGACCUUUCUUCUAUGAGCAUGCCCCCGCUAUUCCCAACACCUACACCACAAGUACCCCCAUCAGAAGGAGCCCCAUAUCUCCAUAGGUCAAACUUGCCUGAGAACACGAUUUUCAUAGCAGUGGGUACUGCGCUUGGCGUAUUUGGUGUCGCAGUUUUUGCAUGGAGAGCUCUGGUGGCUUGGUCAAUUAACCGCUCGGUCCGUCGCGCUGCCAUCCGUCCAAACAAUACAGAUGCCACCGCUCUCCUCAACAAGCGGAAGUCUGGCAUCUAUCGCCAGCCACCCGGAGCAGCCAUGUCAAUGGAGAAAUUUGGGCACCAACCACAGGGUUACUCCCGCACAAGAUCUUCGGCUCCUAGCCCGCCCGCCUCACCCAGCCUCGCUCCGACCAGUCGAGGUCACGAACAAGGCUACCCCUCCACCAGCAGCAUAAAUCUGUCUGCUGCUGCGCAGGCCCGUGCACCAAGUGCGUAUCUAGAAGACCUUUUCGAGAAUCAUAACCCUCCUGGACGAUAA